CUCAUCAGUCUAUGAAUUCCUUGGCUGUAUGGGCUUUUGACCCCUUUGCCUGUCCAGAUGGACGAACAGAACCAAAAAAAAAAGUCUAUGAAUUCAUUAUUUACAAAUUUGGAAAAAAAGACUGUUUCUGAAUUCUGAUAUUAUUCGCUUUUCCUUUAGUGGACUCUAAAAUUAUAUGCAAAAAUAAGUCAUCUGUGGGAUACUAAAAGGUGAUUUUAAUUUUAUUUAAAUUUAUACUUAAGUGAGAAUGUUAUAUUUUUGUGGACUGACGUUAUGACAUGACAGUGUUUUUAUUAUUGUUGAAUCCUAAUCACGUUUUAUAAUUGAAUUUAAGUGUGAAUGUGGCUUACAGCAAAACUAAGCUAAAUUAAAUGAUACUUUCUCCGUUUCUGAAAAAUUGGAAAUAAUACUGGGCAAUAAAGGAAAAAGAAGACACAAAAUAACCUAAUAAUGUCAAAGGCAUCAGUGGUACUUAGUUUUCAUGAAACUUUAUUACACCAAUCUGAUAUUGAACUCCUAAAUGGACCAUACUGGUUGAAUGAUACAAUAAUAUCAUUUUACUUUGAAUAUUUGGAAAAAGUAACAUUUAUUAAGAGCCAAGAUAUACUCUUUGUACCACCCGAAGUGACCCAAUGUAUUAAAAUGGUUACACCAGAUGAAAUUAAAAUAUUUCUAGAACCCUUAAAAAUUGAAGCUAAAAAGUUUGUUUUCUUUGCCCUUAAUGAUAACAGCGCACCUGACAUGGUUGGUGGAUCUCACUGGAGUCUGUUAGUAUAUUCUAGGGAUGAGAACAGCUUUUUCCAUUAUGAUUCUAUGUGUGGAAGUAAUCACAAUGUGGCAUGGAGUUUUUCUAGUCAUUUAAUGUCAUAUUUUUCAAAAGCAGGUUUAAUACAUUUUUCGGAUAAGGAAUGCAUACAACAAAGCAAUGGCUACGACUGUGGAGUACAUGUUCUAUGUAACACAAAAACACUUGCAGAACAUGCAACACGUAAUGGAGAAAUUGCAUCGUGUGACAUGACUAUAAAAAUUAACCCAUGUGCCAAGAGAAAAGAGAUAUUAGCCUUAAUUCAUAAUCUCGCCAAUUCAGGAUAGUAACGUAGUUUUUUGUUAACAUAUUGUUUUGAAUACAUUAUUUAUUAUACAACUGAUUAUUUUU